AUGAAUUUCAGAAAAACAGCACUUCUAUUCGUAUUGGCAAUAGCAUCGGUGUAUCUGUGUGCAAAAGAGCCGUCAAAGAAAAGCGAUCCAAAAAGUGAAAACAACAAAUCCCUGAGCCAUGGCAGCAAAACAGAAACAGAGAAAGAGCCCACAAGCAGUGGAUUUAGCAUAUUCUAUAGCACGUCAAAUGAAGCCUCUGGAGGCAAGGAAAAAGAGUCAAAAGACAAAGAAGGAUUUUUCCACAAAGUGGGAAGCUUUUUCACAAAGAUCUUCCACAGGAUAUUCGGAGGCAAAAAGAGCAGCUCUUCUGAAAAUAAUGCAGAAAAUCGCGCAGGUAAAACCAGCACUGGUGUGCUAAUGAUUGCAGGCGAGUCUAGUUCAGACUCCAGCGCUAGUACAAGCUCCAGUGGUGCUGAAAAGAAAGAAAAUCCUUCCAAAAAGGGCUAA